GCCGAAAAAGCAGUGAAAAAGUGCGAAAACUUUGUGCGAACGGUUGUGAAAGUGAAGAAAAUUCGGUUGGCUUGUUAUUUGGGUGGUUUUGUGGCGCAGAACAAUCUUGACAUUGACCGUUGACGGUUGAGCGCAUCAGCUUUUUCGUUUGUCGGGGCGUGGGGGAAUCUUCAGAAAAUGGACCCCUUCACACAGAAUAUACUGGAGCGGGCGGAGAAGCGUGCCGCCGCGCUGGGAAUCACCAACACGAGCAAGUUUCCGCUGUCGGAGUUUAACUUUGACCAGGCGGCCACUUCCGGUGCUGCGGCAGCGGCGACGAAAUCGCCGGGAAAGAAGAGCGGGACCUAUACGAAAACGCCCAAGAAGGCGUCGAUGGGGCGGAGUCCCAGCCGAGUGACUUCAUCGGUGACCACUGCCGGGGGUACCAAGAUUGAGACGCGCAAGGACGGAAAGGACGUGGACGUGAAUGUGGAGAUCAACAUAACGACCGGUUCGGGAGCGCAGGUUGAGGUGGAGGUCGUGGAGUGCGAGAUGGAUGCGACCGGGAAGAUUACGCGGAAGGCUUCGGAGAGUAAGGUGGCGGUGGAGCAGGAGGUGGACGCGGACGGGAAGGGGUUGAUAAGGGAUUCGUCGCGGAAUCAGCUGCAGCGGUUGGGGACGCUCUACUCGGAUUCGCAAGAUUUGUCCUCGCCGGUGCACCGCACCGAGGGUAGAUUUCAUGAGGAAGGAGGGGCUGGGAAGGAGAAUUCCAAACCGCGACCGAAGCUGGCCAAGUUGGCGAUGCUGGCGGAUUCGAUCAACAAUUGGGAGGACGAUGUUUCGCAUCCGGAUUAUAAGCAUCACCGGGAAACGGUGCACGAAGCGCGGAAGAGUCCGGCGCGAGAAAAGAGCCCCGGGAAGGAGAAGAGCCCGGUGAGGAAGCCGGAGAGUCCGCGGAGAAAGUCGGUUAGUCCGAAAAGACCGGCGGUUACUGGGAAGAAGUAUUUGGCGCCAAAUCCGCCCAAGUCGAUUCUGAGUCCGGCGAAGGCAGCGGGAGGUGAUGCGACGGACAAAGGUCCGACCAAAUCGCUCAAGUGGGAUCAGAAGGUGAUGGACGCGCUGGAGUUGCAGGGAUUCCAGCGGCGCGAGUCAACAACCCAGAAGCUGGUCUACGACUACAAAAACCAAUCGAGACAGGAGAAGCAGGAAACCGAGCCCGCCGAGAAGGCGCUGGUUCCGGUGAGGAAGGCGCGAGCCCCGGAAAUUCCUGGAAGUUCACGCGAACGCCAACCGGUUCAGGAGCCGCCGAAACCGGUCCCAGCCAAAACCACCCAAAUCAACAAGGGUUUGGUGUCCGGUCGGGCUGCCAUGUUCGAAAAGUCCAAGUCUCGCCAGUCCAUCAUGCGCAACCAGAAGGACCCGGCCGAGAUGACGCUCAAGGAGCGCCUCGCAAUCUUUGAAAAGAACAAGGGCCAAGCGUUGGUCCCGAAGGCCGCGUUCGGCAUCUCCCCCUCGAUCCGUCAAAUCACCGGCGAAAGCUCCUCCGCCCAGCAAAAAUCCCAAUCCUCGUCCUCCUGCAUGCCAAUCCAGGGCUCCGGCUUUGGCACCAUCACCAAGGACUACCAACUCCCAGCCCAAGCAGCCCAAAAGGCCAAAAUCGACUCGUACAACAAGCCAACCCUGGCGGAAACCAACGCCACCGGUGCGGCCAUCAAGAGCACGCUUGCGGCCCUCAUGACCAACAGCAGCACCAUCUCCGAGUCCCAAAUCGCCGAAGAAACGCGACGCCAACGUCACCAGGAGAUGGAAAUGCUCCUAAACCGGUUCUCCAAGCCCGUGGACAUGAGUUCGGACAAACCAAUCCCGUCCGCUCCGCCGAUGCCUCCGCAGGGUUACCUGACCAACAGCGGGAAGAAAUCCGAUGGGAGUAACAAGCGACGUAGUGGGGAGGGUCGCGUCAGCGAUGAGGUUCGCUGUACGCUGGACGAUGUGAAGCGGAUCCGGGUGGUGGCCCCGAAGGACGGGCGCCUCUAUCCGACGUUGAGCGAUAUCGAGAGCAGCAGCGUAGUGACGGAGUCGGACGGGGAGAAUUAUACGACGGCGACGGUUUCCGGCGAGGACAGUGGGGAGGGCGACCAGAAAGAUAGCUACUACCAGAGCUGUUACGACGAUGAGGAGGAGUACGUCGAGGAGGAGCACGCCGUAGACGAGGAUGACGAUAGCUACAUGUACUCGGACGACGACAACGAGGACGACGACGACUCCAGCACCAACAUCUGCGACGUGAGCCUCGGCCGCGAGAUCAUGCAGGCCUGCAAGAUGCAGGACCGCCGAACGAGCCAAGGCGCACGCCGAAAGAGCGUUGACCAGCAGCAGCACAAGAUUGACCAGAAGCAGCAGCAAGAAUCUGCUGGAAGUCGUCGCAACAGCCAGCACAGCCACAACAGCUCGACGAGUGUGGACAUUUCCGGCGUGCUCGACGACAUGGACCAGUACCUGGACGAAGCGCUCGACGAGGAAAAGGGCGAAGAGUUCGACACACCUCGCAAAUCGUCAGUUUCGUCAAACAGCUUCUCGUACCAGAAGAACCCGCGUCAGUCCCAGUACAAGACCAUCAACGAAGAAGACGACGAAGAGAAGAAGGACCCGGAGAAGCCCUGCCCGCAGCAACCAGUGUUCGAGGAGGCCUACGGCAGCCCCGUCAAAUCCGAACUCAAGAUCAACCCCUCGGACGACAACAACAUGGUCACGCUGGUUCACACCGUCAGUUUCUACCGCCGCCAGCAAAACUCCAACAACCCAACCCCAGUCAAGAAGGUCCUUCGCACGCCAGUCCACCCCCAACGAAACGUCGCAGAAUCCACGGAAGAAUCCGACGACGGAGGCAACUCGACGACGACCGCGACCUCCAGCGACGAGAACGACUUCCUCGUCCAGGAAAAGGUCAAGAAGCUACUGGACGAAGUGUGCAAACAGCAAACGGUCAUCGCCCAAACCAGCCAGGCGUUGAAUCUGUGCGCCGCGACGAUCGAGUUUUCCGGCUCGACCGAAUCCGUGGAAGGUGAGCGCCACCUGCUGGUCGCCACCCACCGCCGCCAGGCCAUCCUGGACGAGGUGCAGCGGUUGCGUGUCGAGGGAUGCAUCCGGCCGCUGGGCGCGCCCACCGAAAAGGGAAGCCUCACGGUGAAGGACAUUACGCUGCCGCUGAAGCAGGACUACAUCCGCAAGCUGGCGUCGGAUUCCAUCAGCGGGCACCACCUGGUGUGUCUGCUCAAGUACAACGAAACGGUGCUGGCGACGAAGACGAUUCCGACGCUGCCGGGGCUGCUGUCGGUGCGCUUUCCGGACGAGCUGCAGCUGAGCAACGUGUUUGCGGAUUUUAAGAUCACGAUGGAAAUCUACGGCAUGACGGCCCAGCGCGAGGUUCUACCGCACGAGAUCAAGUACCACAUCGCGAUGAACAAGAAGGGCUCGAACAAGCUGCAUACGCCAAAGGGCGUAAAAAGCAACUCGCGGCUCAUCAUGCCCCCAGUUCAAUCGCCAGCAGGACCGCACGCCGUCCGCACACCGGCCCUCGUCCAGUACGGGUUCAUAAUCUUCUCGCUGAAGGAAAUUCAGCGCACCAACUGGACGUUGAACCCGGUGGCCGGCGGCGUCAGUCCGCUCGAGGGAACCGUCCACAUGAAGGUCAACUGCCAGCUGACGGUCAGCGUCGACUAUCGCGGCUUUCUGACCAUGUUCGAGGACGUGUCCGGCUUUGGGGCGUGGCAUCGGCGCUGGUGUCGCCUGAACGGCCAUAUCCUCAACUACUGGAAGUACCCGGACGAUGAGAAGCGCAAGGCCCCGAUCGGCAGCAUCGAUCUGCAGAAAUGCUGCACCCAGAAGGUGUCCGUUGCACCGCGUGACGUGUGCGCUCGAUUGAACACGCUGCUGUUGGAGUUCCGAAGACCCGCUCAGCCCGACGACGUCGAUUCGUUGGUUCUGGUCCGACAAGGCAACACGACUAUUCAGCGACACCUGCUGUCGGCGGACUCGAAGGAGGAACGGGAAGAGUGGUGCGCGCAUCUGAACAAAACGCUAGCGCUGCUGAAGGCCUGGGGACAUUCGAACAGCAACCCCAAAACUACGAGCUUCUAAAGUAGCUGCGGCCGCGACUCCCCUUAAAGGUGGGUUUUGUACAGAAUCGAGAGAAAAAGCGCGUGAAAUAGUAUUAUUAUUACUCUCCCGUUUGUUGCUAAGUUUAUUCAUAUUUUUGUUUUGAUUUAAGCAAGAGGGAAAACACGUUCCCACGUUUUAUUUUUAUACUAUACUGCUGGAAAAAAAAAGUAUGUAAGAUUUUUUGGAAAGUGUGUGAUCGAGUGCGAAUUGACCAAACUAACUAAUAUUAACCUUUGAUUGCGUGAAAAUAUGCACGAUCUGUAAGAAAAAGAUCGAAUUUUUGGAAUUAAAUUUCCGUUCUGAUUUGUCGCGUACUACCGAAAAAAAACAGUAUGUCGUCUACUUAUAUUUUUUUAAAUAUUGAAUAUUGAACACACUUAAUCCCUAAAUAUAUAAUGUAUGUAUUUUGAAUAUGCUAAAACAUAA